CGGCCAAGAACCCCCUUCACACGUGUAGACAAAGGGACCCAUCAACACAACCCAAAUAUGCACUCUAAAAGUUUUUCCGUGGCCGCUACUUCACGCCAACACCCCGCAAAAUGCUCAGGCCAACAUACACAUUCAGAUUGGAGAUUGUGGAUAAUGGAUAACUUCUAUUCUCGAGGGACCCCCUUUUUAGGAUUCAUGGACACACUUUCAUUAUUUUUCUGCAGUGGAAUAUUACUUUAUUCUGGGAUUAAUGGGCUAUUCAUAAUGACAGUUAUUCAUUUCUACGGUCUUAACACACUGUAAAAAAAAAAAGACGCUGUCUCCUUCAUGCCCUAUUCUCCAAAUUUGAGCAUGUCUUUCUCAUCUCGUCAAGGCUUAUUAACUGAAGAAAGAUGCUUGCAGAGACAGAGACGGCUGAAAGUGCACCCUGUUACAAAAGCGCAAGGUUUUGUUGUUAUUGUGAGUGUACACAAAUAAAAGUAGACCCUUUAUAGUCUCUAAUGAUGUCUUACACAUAUCUGUAUGCCCAAAAAUGAUGGAGUAUUUUAAGUUGUUUCCGCUGUUAUGAGGAAAAAUUCCAGCAGGACACGCUGGCGCAUCCGUCGACCCCAGAGGGUUAAGGAUAUCAAACUAAACUCGCUCAUUAUAUCAUUAUACCUGGUAAACCUCAUAAACACAACUUUCUUUUCCUUGCAUACUUAUAAAAAAAAAAUAAAAAAAAACUCUGUUUCAUUACUAUCGGAAGUUGUGUAAAUUCCACCAAUUAGAUUAGAGCUUGGCAGAUGAAGAAAGUACUUUCUAGUUUUGUGUGCAAUAUGCAUCAGCAAAUACUUUCACACAGGCCCAGUUGGUAUUGGAUAACUUUGUUUGCUUCAAUUAAUAACAUUAUCAUUUAAAAACUGUAUUUUGUGUUUAUUCAGAUUUCUUUUGUUUUAUGUUAGAUUUUGUUUGAAUUUUUGAACAAAAUUAGUAUGAUAUAUACAUAAAAACAGAAGAAAUCAGGAAUACUUCUUCACAGCACUGUAUAUGUUUUUGUGUCUCUGUCUCUCUCUCUUUCUCUCCUUUAGUGUGUGUGUGUGUGUGUGUGUGUGUGUGUGUGUGUGUGUGUGUGUGUGUGUGUGUGCAACGUUAUCUCAUGAGAACUUAUAUGUACUCUUACAUAAAGUUUGGUUCAAGUUUGGUACAUUCUCUUAUGUUUGCAUAGACACCGAAACUUACAAUACUGAUGUAUUGACAGCAUGUAAACGUCAUCAUUUUACGUAUUAACACCUAUAGAAACGUACAAAUGUUUACGUGUAAUGUUUGAAUUGAUUAGUAUUGAAUCAUUCAUAGAAUUAAUCAGUUAAAUACAUUUAAUUUAUAAUCACUGAGAUUAUUUAAAUGCCAUCGCAUUUAUUUAAUGCAGUUGACAUUAUAAUAUGAUAUUUUAACGGUUUCAUUCAGUUCUGUGUGAUUUCUGCUGCCCUAUACAAAGUUUUAAAGGAUUAUCGUUUAAUCAUUUAUUAAACAUUUAAUUAAAUUUUUGUUUGCCAUGAGACAUAAUAGGAGUUUUCAGAAUAUGCCAAAAAACGAAAUAAACCACAAAAAGCAACAUAAAACAACAAUAAAAUUUUACACGACCUCGCCUGCCAUGGUAAAAGAGCCAGCGCCCAUGCCUACCACUGUAAAUGAGCCAGUGCCCAUGCCUGCCACGGUAAACGAGCCAGCGCCCAUGCCUGCCAUGGUUUACGAGCCAGCGCCCAUGCCUGCCACAGUUAACGAGCCAGCGCCCAUGCCUGCUAUGGUCAACAAGCCAGAGCCAGUGCAUCUCGCCUCGACCGUCCCAGAGCCAAUGCAUGUUGCCUUGACCGUCCCAGAGCCAAUGCCUGUCAUCUCAACCGUCCCAGAUCCAGCGCCUGUAGCCUUGACUGUCCCAGAGCCAGCGCCUGUAGCCUCGACCGUCCCAGAACCGGCGCCUGUAGCCUCGACCAUCUCAGAGCCAGCGCCUGUAGCCUCGACCGUCCCAGAGCCAGUGCCUGUAGCCUCGACCAUUCCCUUUUCACUGCCCAUGGUCAUGACCAUGGAGGUCAUUUCCCAAUCUCUGCCCAUGUUCACGACCAUGGAGGUCGUUCCCCAGUCUCUGCCCAUGCUCACAACCACGGAGGUCGUUCCCCAGUCACUGCCAGUGCUCAUGACCACAGAGGUCGUUCCCCAGUCUCUGCCCAUGCUCACGACCACGGAGGUUGUUUCCCAGUCUCUGCCCAUGCUCACGACCUCAGAGGUCAUUCCCCAGUCUCUGCACAUGCUCACGACCAUGGAGGUCAUUCCCCUGUCAGUGCCAGUGCUCUUGACCACAGAGGUCGUACCCUUGUCACUUCCAAUGCUCACGACCACAGAUGUUGUUCCCUUGUCACUGCCAGUGCUCACGAUCACAGAAGUUGUUCCCCAGUCUCUGCCUAUGCUUACGAUCACGACCCAGGCCUCCUGACCCUGUCCCUGCUCUGUGGUCACUCCCAGGCCUGUUGAACCUAUCCCUGCCCUGUGGCCGCCCCCCAGGCCUCCUGAUCCUGAAUGCCCCAGUGCUCACCCUAGGGGGAGACCUAAGAGAAAUAGUGCUCCCUGAGUGUGCCCUUUGGGGGAGGGUUCUGUCAUGAACUCCGAUUCCCAUCAGUCACAGCAGCAUCCAAAUAUGGUCACCCUGGACUCAAUUUCCCAUGCUCCACCUCGAUCCCAAUCACCGGAGUUCUGAUCAGCCUCACCUGCACCACUUCACCACAGUUAUGUCUGCACCCUUUAUAAUAGACUCUGUCACAUUCACUCACUGUGAAGUAUAUGCUCUAUUCCUUGUGUCUAAGAUGUUACCAGCCUUCAAAGUUCUGCCUGAUUCCUUGUUGAUAUACCUUGCCUGUUUUUGACCACGAAUUUGCUUCUAGCUUGAUUAUCCCUGUAUGCCAAUCGCCUGACCUCUGCCUGUACUCAUUGCUGGAUUUUUGCUUGUCGUUUGAACUGUACUGUUGCCUAACCUUCAUUAAAACUCCAAAUUGCACUUGCAUCUUACUCUCCUGGUGUAAUUUCAUGACAAUAGGGUCCAUUUAAAAAUCUGAUUUAUGUCAUUAUUUCUGCAUUAACAAGUGCAUCACACACUCUGACGUGAACAACUCUGUUUCUCCCUCAUUCACAUACACUCACAGCGCGACAUGAGAUAUGAACCUUGUAAAGAUGAUUAAUAAAAACAACAACAACAAGGAGCUUGGUUAAAAUGUUUCUCAUCUUUGUUAUCUUCCAAAAUUACAGUCAUCAUUUGGAAUUUUUUUUUAAAAGGCAAGUGACAGUGAAUUAGUUUAAUGCAACCACUGAUUAUAUUAUUGUAUCUGGUUUGACACAAAAUGUUUCAGCAUUGACAGCUUUUGUGGGGGCUUAUUGUUGUGACAUUCAUUUUCCAGUAGUCUUUAAGCCACCUGUAGUUGUUAUAACACCCUAUAACAGCGCAUAUUCAUCCAGAACCUCCGCUGCUCGCAAUCACCAGUAAAGUUAGUCUAGCUGGUAACAACAACUAAGCGGAAGUGUGGAGCAUCCGAGAGGAAAUCUAUCGCUUCAAUGGCGCCGCCCAUGGAGAAGUCAGGAAAAAGGUGGAUAUGUUUGAAUGAUAAUGACAGCGUCAUUCUGGAGUGCAUGAGGAGAAGAUUUACAGCCAUUAAUAAUAUAAAUUUCACUCUCUACCUCACACAAAGCUAUUGUAUGCCAUCAGGGAGCACAUCAGAUGCAGCGCAUCGCCCUUUGGACAACUUUUGUACAGAAUUUUGCCAUUUUUCUGAAUAAAUUAUUGUGAUUAAAUGUACCUGCCUGUUAUGUGUUUAUAUGUGCUUAAUAAAUGGUUAUGGUUAGGUUUAGGAGUAGGUGUGGGAUUAGCAGCUGUAAAAUAUAUAUAAAUGGAUAUAUUUUAACAAAAAUUAUUGCUACUUUACAUUAAUUUACUUGUUACAUGUUUUUAUAUUAUUGAAAUGUGGUUAUGUUUAGAGGUUGGGGUAGAGUUAAGGGAUCUAAAAUAUCUAUAAAACAGUAAAAAUUUACAAAUAUAUUUAUAAUUGAUUUGCAUAUUCCAAUAUAGUUGUAAUGGAUUUGUCAAUAUUUUAUGUUUCUAAAGCUGUAAAUAAGUAAAAAAAAAAAUGUUUUAGAUGCUUUCAAACAUCCAUAUUUUACGUUUUAGUGUCUAUUCAAACAAAAAAACAUGUAUGUUUAAUGUUACAAAAAUUAACGUACAAAUAGCUACGUAUAUUAAUGAGAUCAGGCUGGUGUGUGUGUGAGACACCUUGAUCUCUUGGAGAACUCUGACACCUGCUGUACUGCUCUCAUAUCCCACUAUUUUUGUUUUUUUUAAAAACACGAUCAUGUAUUUGCAUUCAGUCUGAGAAUGAAAUAAAAUAACCCCUCUAUUGUGUGAAAAGAAUAAUUCAAUAUUCAUGCUUUUUUGGUAUUCUAUUUUUUUAUUUUUUAUUUUUUUAUUUUAUUUUUUACAUUUAACUCAGUUCAAGGUCUGAAUUCCUGAUGUUUCAUAACAAAAAGUGUGAAUAAUUCAACUUCAUUACAAAAGCAUCGAAGCAAGGUGUCUAUUGGGUUGCAUUUGGAUUGCACUAUGUCUGGUUCCUGUAUAUUUUGAUAGGUUGUUUUCUAUCGAAUUAAGCUUCUAUACAGUUAGUGAUGAGAAUGGAAGAUUGCCAUCCAUUGCGAGGGUGGGGAAACAAGGUUCUUGGAUGAUCGCAUUCAUUAUCAGAUAAGAAUGAAAAUUAUAGGUACUGUUGUCAGAAUAUAUUUUCUUGUGUCUGUUUGUCAGUGCUUUUGAGUUAUUUGAAUGGCUCUUAAAAGCUCGGUUGGUCAGUUGGUUGGUACAAAAUAAUUCCGUACAGGAUGUCUCUAGGAAUAUAAUAAAAUGUCUCAUUAAGGUCUGAUAAUUAUGGAAGUAAGUAAUUAUUUUCUAUGUAUUUGGAUUGUAUUUAAUGCAUGCUAAAUUAAGUACACAUGCAGUGGCAUGUUUUUGGACACCUAGGUCACUUGUCUGAAUAUCAUUACCUUAGAUACAAUAUUGAAAUCAAGUGACAUCUUCAAACAAAUUUAUCACUUUUCGGAGCACUUUUUGCUGUUAUUUUUAACACAAAAAAUGUCCUCUUAAGUUCAAACAGGUCUCCGAGCAGAGUAACCACAUGUGAAGUUCAUCACAGUAAA